UUGUUGCCGAAACUGCUGGAAGUCGAUGCUCAUUCUGAAAAUAUUCAAACACCAGUCGAAACUUUGGAAGAGCCAACUCACAUCGAUGAAAUUGUUCAAGAACACAGCGAGACAAUUAACAGCUAGCUGAAGUUGUUGCCGAAACUUCUGGAAGUCGAUGCUCAUUCUGAAAAUAUUCAAACACCAGUCGAAACUUUGAAAGAGCCAACUCACAUCGAUGAAAUUGUUCAAGAACACAGCGAGACAAUUAACAGCUAGCUGAAGUUGUUGCCGAAACUUCUGAAGUCGAUGCUCAUUCUGAAAAUAUUCAAACACCAGUCGAUACUUCGGAAGAGCCAACUCACAACGAUGAAAUUGUUCAAGAACACAGCGAGACUAUUAACAGCUAGCUGAAGUUGUUGCCGAAACUUCUGGAAGUCGAUGCUCAUUCUGAAAUUAUUCAAACACCAGUCGAAACUUCGGAAGAGCCAACUCACAUCGAUGAAAUCGUUCAAGAACACAGCGAGACAAUUAACAGCUAGCUGAAGUUGUUGCCGAAACUUCUGAAGUCGAUGCUCAUUCUGAAAAUAUUCAAACACCAGUCGAAACUUUGAAAGAGCCAACUCACAUCGAUGAAAUUGUUCAAGAACACAGCGAGACUAUUCAGCUAGCUGAAGUUGUUGCCGAAACUUCUGAAGUCGAUGCUCAUUCUGAAAAUAUUCAAACACCAGUCGAUACUUCGGAAGAGCCAACUCACAACGAUGAAAUUGUUCAAGAACACAGCGAGACAAUUCAGCUAGCUAAAGUUGUUGCCGAAACUUCUGGAAGUCGAUGCUCAUUCUGAAAAUAUUCAAACACCAGUCGAAACUUUGGAAGAGCCAACUCACAUCGAUGAAAUUGUUCAAGAACACAGCGAGACAAUUAACAGCUAGCUGAAGUUGUUGCCGAAACUUCUGAAGUCGAUGCUCAUUCUGAAAAUAUUGAAGCACCAGUCGAAACUUUGGAAGAGCCAACUCACAUCGAUGAAAUCGUUCAAGAACACAGCGAAACAAUUCAGCCUGUUGAAGAUGUUGCCGAAACUUCUGAAGUUGAUACUCAUUCUGAAAAUAUUGAAGCACCAGUCGAAACUUCGGAAGAGCCAACUCACAUCGAUGAAAUUGUUCAAGAACACAGCGAGACAAUUCAGCCUGUUGAAGUUGUUGCCGAAACUUCUGAAGCUGAUAUUCAUUCUGAAAAUAUUGAAGCACCAGUCGAAACUUUGGAAGAGCCAACUCACAUCGAUGAAAUCGUUCAAGAACACAGCGAUACAAUUCAGCCUGUUGAAGAUGUUGCCGAAACUUCUGAAGUUGAUACUCAUUCUGAAAAUAUUCAAACACCAGUCGAAACUUUGGAAGAGCCAACUCACAUCGAUGAAAUCGUUCAAGAACACAGCGAGACUAUUCAGCCAGCUGAAGUUGUUGCCGAAACUUCUGAAGUUGAUACUCAUUCUGAAAAUAUUCAAACACCAGUCGAUACUUCGGAAGAGCCAACUCACAUCGAUGAAAUUGUUCAAGAACACAGCGAGACAAUUCAGUUAGCUGAAGUUGUUGCCGAAACUUGUGAAGUUGAUUUUCAUUCUGAAAAUAUUGAAACACCAGUCGAAACUUCGGAAGAGCCAACUCACAUCGAUGAAAUCGUUCAAGAACACAGCGAAACAAUUCAGCCAGCUGAAGUUGUUGCCGAAACUUCUGAAGUUAAUACUCAUUCUGAAAAUAUUGAAGCACCAGUCAAAAAUUCGGAAGAGCCAACUAACAUUAAGGAAAUCGUUCAAGAAGCCGAAACUUCUGAAGUUGAAGCUCAUUCGGAAGAAUCUCAAUCUUCUUCAUCUUGGACAAUCAUGUCUGUUUUGAAUGGUGCAUUACAAACAAUUCGUCAGAAUGCAGUUUUUCUUAAAGAAAUUGAAGUUGAGAAAAAUGUAUCAUUGUCCUCAGACAGUGAUUCAAAUGGAGAAAAACCAAGUGGCUCUUCAAGUUCAUCUUCUCGCAAUUCCUCUUUCGAUGCCUCAAAAAUUGUCAUAUCUGGAUUAGUGUUGAAUGAUCUGUCACCAACAUCUUCUGAACUUAUUGACGUCUCAAAUGAUUUCUCAAUCUUGAGAAAUCCAAAGGAAUUUGAAGUGACAAGCAGCUCUUCAGAUCAACCAUCAACCUCAUCAGUGAGUUCAGAAAAACUGAAUUUUCAGAAAUUUGAAUUUUUUUCAGGCCAUUGAGGAGAUGUCAUAUGUCAUGAGAACUGCCUGUCUCGCUUAUUUCGCUUCAAUAACUCAUGGGUAAAUUUAAUAUAGUUAGGCUAACUUGAAUUGUUUAUUCCAGGUAUAAUUCUUUGGAAUAUUCAACAGCCGAUCCUGACAUCAUUCAUGACGACUCAAUAUACCGAGAUCAACCAGAUAAUGAUAAAAACUGA